UUAAAACGCAGAUUAUUCCCAGGGCAUGGGUGUCAGUGUAAUGCAUUUUGACUUGAGUUAUUGGUUUUAUCCAGCGCUCUGUCUUGUCGUCUGCACCAUAGCGAACUCAUAAACGCCGUACUGUUGACUACUACGGUGUAUUUAUUCCACAUCUGACAAAGAUCUAACCCUUCGAAGGGAUUCAAACUCUUUUUUUUUUAAUCAACGGAAGCCUACAGCAACUAGCGUUUUGGAACUCUGUGGAGACGCCAUUGGCAAUGACAUCGCUCCCGUGCGCUCUGUGCAUAAUAUGGAUAUGUCUGAUCUGUCAUUCGACGGGAACGGGAUUUAUUUACCAGUUUCCCGGAGUGACUGGCCAAAGCGUCAACUCGGAGCAGAGCGCGACCACAGGUUCACCAGGCAGCGGAUCAAACAUUCAUCUCAGGAACUGGUGCCAGUACACUGUGUUGAGGACAGUGAAGUGCCAGGUGCACAAUGGGACAGAGACCAUGGUACAGAGAGUGUUUCAAGGCUGCCGCUGGCCAGGACCCUGCUCUAAACUCAUCAGCUACAGGACCGUGGUCAGGCCGUCGUACAAGGUGGCCUAUCGGCAAGUCACAGCUCGGGAGUGGAGGUGCUGUCCUGGGUUUGUAGGAGAUGAAUGUCGAGAAGAGUGUAUGAACUGCACUGACAUAAGCAACCGGCUGAACUUCAUCGAAUCCAAGAUUAAGCUGCACCCAUCACCGUACACCCCUACCGGCCCUCCAUCUUACCUGCACCCAGGAGGAAGAGGACCACCAGGGCCAAUCGGAUCACCAGGAAUUCCAGGCCCAGCUGGCGAGGCAGGGGUUCCAGGACAGACGGGCCCCACAGGGCCAAUGGGAGAGAGAGGAAGACCAGGAGAGAUCGGACAUCCAGGCCCUCCAGGGCCAACCUCCUCCUCUACCCGGCCGAGAGGUGACAUGUUUGGGUUCGACGACCAGGAGGAGACCCGUCUUACUACAACUCUUCCUGAGUUGGUAGCUGGCCCUCCCUCCUGGCCCCCUAGGACCUCCAGAACUACAGGUAGUAUGGACAUGAAUAUGUUCUGGAACUGUUUCUGUGACAUCACAGGUCCCCCUGGACCAAUCGGACCAGCAGGAGUUCCAGGGCGAGACGCAGAGGGAGGUCCCCAAGGCAAGGCUGGGAAUCCCGGUCCGAAAGGAGACGCAGGGGAGAGGGGCCCUUCAGGAUUGCCAGGGGAGCACGGCCAGCCUGGGCAGUCUGGGCAGAAGGGGGAGCCAGGAGAGGGUUUGCCUGAGGGGGAAGCUGAAGGAUUGCAGCAGCUGAGGGAAGCUCUCAAGAUCCUGGCAGAGAGAGUUCUGAUUCUGGAACACAUGAUUGGCAUCCACGAGAGUCCAGUGGAGUCAGGCUCUGGACUGGAAGGUCUACCAGACUCCUUUUCCUUCCCCGCCAUCAAGACCAGACUGGCCGAGUCCACCAUCAAGACCAGACUGGCCGAGUCCACCAUCAAGACCAGGCGACUCCAGCCCCUCCAACUCUCCUCCCGUCCAUCCUCAAGGAAGCACUCUGGUGGCCAGACGGAGACCAUGUAUUUUUUAAGACACCAAUGAGUGUUUAGUGUUUAGUGUUUAGUGUGUGUGUGUGUGUGUGUGUGUGUGUGUGUGUGUGUGUGUGUGUGUGUGUGUGUGUGUGUGUGUGUGUGUGUGUGUGUGUGUGUGUGUGUGUGUGUGUGUGUGUGUGUGUGUGUGUGUGUGUGUGUGUGUGUGUGUGUGUGUGUGUGUGUGUGUGUGUGUGUGUGUGUCUGAUAGAAAAGGUGUAGUAUCAAAAAGCCUGCAGAAAGUAUUAAUUUACAUAAUGCAUGAAUGGAUAUAUUUUCAGAAAUAUACUCAUAUAUAUUCUCUCUUCUGUGUAGUAUUUGUACACAUUUUAAAUAACAUGCUGUUCUUAGAGCUGAAACCAGAACAUGUUCUGUUCUGAGCUGAAACCAGAACAUGUUCUGUGCUGAGAGCUGAAACCAGAACAUGUUCUGUGCUGAGAGCUGAAACCAGAACAUGUUCUGUUCUGAGAGCUGAAACCAGAACAUGUUCUGUUCUGAGAGCUGAAACCAGACCAUGUUCUGUUCUGAGAGCUGAAACCAGAUCAUGUUCUGUUCUGAGAGCUGAAACCAGAACAUGUUCUGUGCUGAGAGCUGAAACCAGAACAUGUUCUGUUCUGAGAGCUGAAACCAGAACAUGUUCUGUUCUGAGAGCUGAAACCAGACCAUGUUCUGUUCUGAGAGCUGAAACCAGACCAUGUUCUGUUCUGGGGGCUGAAACCAGAUCAUGUUCUGAGAGCUGAAACCAGACCAUGUUCUGUUCUGAGGGCUGAAACCAGACCAUGUUCUGAGAGCUGAAACCAGAACAUGUUCUGUUCUGAGAGCUGAAACCAGACCAUGUUCUGUUCUGAGGGCUGAAACCAGACCAUGUUCUGUUCUGAGGGCUGAAACCAGAACAUGUUCUGUUCUGAGAGCUGAAACCAGACCAUGUUCUGUUCUGAGGGCUGAAACCAGACCAUGUUCUGUGCUGUUCUACAGGAUUUUGGACAACCUUCCUGCUUACAUUAUUAAAAAUAAGUGGAAUGAAACUAAUAACUUCUGGUGCAUAAAACGAAAAUAAGUAAAAAAUGAAAAAAAUUGUAUUUUGGCUCGGCUGAAACCACCUGGCUCAAACUCUGAGGUGAUGUUAGAUGUCCUGCUGCUGUGGCUGGGUUCUGGUCUGCUCUGCUCUGUCCUGUUCUGUCUCUCUUGGCAUGUCAUGUUUCUGUUAUUGGCUAGAAAUAAGUGUGUCUCUGUUAUUGGUCAUUCACCUUAUAUGGUCUCAUUUAAGAGUGUAUUUUCCAGUUCUUAUAUAGCACAGUGUAUGUUGACGUACUCCUUUUACUGCACACCUCUUUCAGUGUAAUACCUAACAUGUAUGAUGUAUUGAAUGCCAGGGAUUCUGGAGCACCCUCCGGUUGCAACCUUUAAGUGUGAUUUAGUAGAUGGAAAAAGGCAACGUGCCAUUUUAUUGUGACGUGUUCUCUUGCUGUUACUGUGUUAAUUCAUGUGUCAUUCUCUUUUAAAUUUGAUUGUGAGGGCUGUGUGAUGGCUAUGUGAGGGCUAUGUGAGGGCUAUGUGAGGGCUAUGUGAGGCCUGUGUGAUGGCUAUGUGAGGACUAUGUGAUGGCUAUGUGAUGGCUAUGUGAGGGCUAUGUGAUGGCUCUGUGAGGGCUAUGUGAGGGCUAUGUGAUGGUUCUGUGAAGGCUAUGUGACGGCUAUGUGAUGACUAUGUGAGGGCUAUGUGAGGGCUAUGUCAGGGCUAUGUGAGGGCUAUGUGAGGACUAUGUGAGGGCUAUGUGAGGACUAUGUGAGGGCUAUGUGAGGGCUAUGUGAGGCUAUGUGAGGGCUAUGUGAGGACUAUGUGAGGGCUAUGUGAGGGCUAUGUGAGGGCUAUGUGAGGGCUAUGUGAUGGCUAUGUGAGGACUAUGUGAGGGCUCUGUGAGGGCUGUGUGAGGGUUAUGUGAAGGCUAUGUGAUGGCUGUGUGAGGGCUCUGUGAGGGCUAUGUGAGGGUUAUAUGAAGGCUAUGUGAUGGCUGUGAGAGGGCUCUGUGAGGGCUCUGUGAGGGCUAUGUGAGGGCUAUGUGAGGGCUAUGUGAGGGCUAUGUGAAGGCUAUGUGAGGACUAUGUGAAGGCUAUGUGAGGACUAUGUGAGGGCUAUGUGAGGGCUAUGUGAGGACUAUGUGAGGGCUAUGUGAGGACUAUGUGAGGGCUAUGUGAGGGCUAUGGUUGUGAUUGUACUGUCUGUAAGCCAUUGCACUCAGUGGAUGUGUACUGUAUCUAUCUCUCAAUUAAACCCAUUCACACAGUUCACACAUAUGGAGCUACUUACUGUCUGGUAUACAGUUCUGAUCCCUUAGUUAACAUAGAGAGUCUGGUGACAUCAAUGCAGAACAUUACUUUCCAUAAUUGUGUUGUGAUAAUCAAUGUCUUAUCAUCAUAAAAUCUAUUUCAA